AUGGCGUCUCUGCUCAACGCCAUUGCCUUGGUCACCGUGAAAGCGAUUGUCUCUGUUCUGGUCCUGAUCAUCGGCAUCAUCAUCUAUCGACUAUACUUCCACUCUCUUUCCAACAUUCCCGGACCACGACUCGCAGGAAUCAGCAAUUUCUGGCACGCCUAUCAUGCUCGCAAUGGUCGAAUGCUGGAGAUUGGGACGAACUUGCACAGGCAGUAUGGCCGUAUGGUGCCACUCAAGGAUAUCCCAAGUCCAGCUUCUAUGCAAGCAGUCGCUUUAGCCCUGAAUCGGCCGUCUGUAACUCCAUGUCUUGGACUUUCGUUCCCGGACACACUUGACCUACUUGGCGAGUUCGAUCUUGACCGCUACCGUCUUCAACGUCGGCUUAUUGGGCCUCUGUACCAGACACGAAGUCUUCUCAAGCACGAGAAGUCCAUUAAUGAAGUUCUGCUCCAUGCUGUCGCUCGCCUGAAGGGUCUCAACGGCGCACCAGUCGACCUCAAAGAAUGGAUGCACAUCAUUACAGUCGAAUGCCUGACCGCUGUCGUUCUCUCGUGGUCCCCAGGAUACCUCAAAGCUGGCACAGACCAUGGCGUUGGACCGCACGCGUACCUGGGUUGGAGACGGAAGAGUGUUUUUGGUCUGUUUCCUUGGGCUGAAGUGAUGGAUGCGUACUCACGGACGCUGGGAAGGACUUUCGCCAAAGGAUGGCGUCUCACGUACCAACCUCCGGCGCACUACAAAGCUCUCUUUCCACUUCUCGGCACGAAAGUAUCGAAGAGGAUCAAUGCUGCUCUGCGCCCAAUACCGCCAAAGGAUGGUCGGAAUGACCUCACAGCCGAACUGAUCCAGUUGCACAAGGACAAGCCCGAAUUCUCCAAGGACUACCUCAAACGCAUGGUCAUGACCAACUUUGGUGCAGGCCACGAGACCACGACUUCAACCCUCAUCUCAGUCUUGACCAUGCUCGGCCUGCACGCAGAAGCUCAAGGGCGAGUCGCUGCCGAAAUUUCCAACACACCAAGGGAGUCGCAGUCAGUCUCAUAUGCCGAAGCAACAGAUCUCACCUACACCCAAGCAGCCAUCAAAGAGUCUCAACGUCUCCACCCAGUGAUCGGAAUGAGUCUCUCCCGCCGUGUGCCACCUGCAGGGCUCCAGGUCCAUGGCCAGUACUUUCCUCCUGGCACAACCGUCGGCUGCAACCCAAUCUCUCUACACCGUAACCCAGAAAUCUUCGGCCCCGAUGCGGAACUCUUCAAUCCUGAACGCUGGUUGCAUUCAAGCAGGGUCCAGGAUAUGGAGAGAUGCAACCUACUCUGGGGCGCAGGUUGUGGCUACGUUGGUGCGCCAUUUCAAGGUUGAAGUCGAGGUCCCGCCGGAGGAGGAAAUGAAGAUUUAUUUCAUGGCGAUGUUGACUGGUGUCAAAGUGUGCUUUCUGGAGAGGGAGCAGUGAAGAAGACUUCAAGGAUUGC